GUGACAACGUUCAGAUGAUUCAAGUUUGCGCUGAAUCAACAACAUCGAUGGACUUUAGACUGCGCGUGAAAUAACGCCGAAUUACUCUUAACACUACUGUGUUUAAAACAACUAAAAUGGGCAUAAUAUUAUACAGAUGCCUGUAUGCGUUUUCGAGUUAUGUGUUGUGCAAAUCCAAACAGUUUUCAGUCAAGUUAACUUGAUUAUAAAGAGCAUGUUAAUAUAAAGAGCUGACAUUCAGUGAACUCUAGUCGUGCCGUCAUUUCAUUUUCGCAAGCUGCUUAAUCACCAAUAAUGUCACUUGUGGAGUCUGAUGAAAACACUCCGCUUCUUAGAGGCGAUAUUUCAAGAAAUGAGAAUGCAGACAGAAGCCGCUGGAGGUCCAUCAGGGUCAUGUAUUUCACAAUGUUCCUUAGCAGUGUUGGUUUUACGAUUGUCAUCACCUCCAUAUGGCCAUAUCUGAAGAAUAUUGAUGAAAGUGCAGAUGCCAGUUUCUUGGGAUGGGUGGUUGCUGCAUAUAGUUUGGGUCAGAUGGUGGCCUCACCCCUCUUUGGAUUGUGGUCCAAUCACAGGCCUCGGCGAGAGCCUCUAGUCUGCUCUAUAUUCAUCAAUGUCUCAGCUAACAUUUACUAUGCCUAUGUCUACCUACCUCCCUCAUACAACAAAAUUCACAUGCUUUUGGCUCGUACAUUUGUGGGCAUUGGAGCAGGUAAUGUAGCAGUUGUGAGGUCUUAUGUGGCUGGUGCCACUUCCCUGAAGGAGAGAACCAGUGCAAUGGCUAAUCUGAGCGCCUGUCAAGCUCUCGGCUUUAUACUUGGCCCAGCUCUGCAGGCCAUUUUGUCAUUCAUUGGAGAAACUGGCGUCAGUGUAAAUGUCAUCCAGCUUCAGGUUAAUAUGUACACCGCUCCAGCUCUGUUGGCAGCCUGCUUCGGGGUCAUUAACAUUCUGCUGGUGAUAUUAGUCUUGAGGGAGCACUUUGUGGAUGACCAUGGAAAGCUUAUCCGUGCAAUUAACUACACCCCAGAAGAGAGAGUGGAUGUGGCUCCUGAGGUAGAAGGUGAUAUUGACCAGAUUGCAGUGUUCACAUCUAAUGUCCUUUUCUUUGUUAUUCUCUUCAUUUUUGCUGUGUUUGAAACUAUAUCUACUCCUCUAUCAAUGGACAUGUUUGCGUGGACGAGAAAAGAAGCCGUUUUUUACAACGGUAUCAUAUUGGCUGCCAUUGGCUUUGAGUCCAUCCUGGUCUUCCUGGUGGUAAAAGUGGUCUCAGCACGGGUAGGAGAUCGGCCACUGCUGCUUGGAGGCUUGAUUCUCAUAUUUGCAGGUUUCUUUAUCUUGUUGCCAUGGGGAAAUCAAUAUCCUAAAAUACAGUGGGCAGACAUUGAGAAUAACACUAUGCCAGCAACCACCCCACCCUCAAACAUGUCUCUGGAGCCCACUGGAUGCCCGUCUAAACAGACCUGGUGCUUUUUUACCCCUGUAAUUCAUCUUGCACAGUACAUUACCUCUGACAUCCUAAUUGGAGUGGGUUAUCCAACAUGCAACGUAAUGUCCUACACUUUAUACUCCAAGAUACUGGGCCCCAAACCACAGGGGGUUUACAUGGGCUGGCUGACAGCAUCAGGAAGUGGUGCACGGACCCUCGGGCCUGUGUUCGUCUCUUACGUCUACACCAUCCUGGGACCCCGAUGGACCUUCAGUGUUAUAUGUGGCAUAGUACUAGCUGCAGUCGUUCACCUCAGUGCUAUGUACAAUCGACUCAUUGCCUUCUCUGUACGCCAUGGAAGGAUUAAUGACUAGGGAUGUUCUUUUUGGUUAUUUUUCCUAAGCGACAGUUAACUGUUAACCGACAAGAUUAUUUUAAAUUAAAAACGAUAAGUGUAUGUGACCCGUUAAAAAUACUAACAUUUUGUUUAAGCAAACCUUUUUAAAUUAUUUGGAUAAAUUACUGAAAGUAUAAUUAAAUGACUUUUUAAGCUAUUUAAUUGAUUGUAUUAAUCAGUUAAAUAUUCUUAUGGUCGGUUAACCAGUUAAAAUGAACAUCCCUAUGAAUAAUGUCAUUACUGACAGGUGCCUCCACCAACUACAUAAGGACAGUUUAGAGAAAUGGGCCUGACUUAAAGAUGGAAAACAUCAUGUAUGUUAAUUCAUAGACAAUUCUAUAAAUUGUUUAGCUUUUUGUGUAGCAAAAUCAUGAUUCUGAAGGGCCUUAAGUGGGUGUACAUGUAAAUAUAUGAUAACUUUAUUAUUUCUGAAUGUUGAACUACAGUUUCUCUUGUUACUUAAACUGUGUAUUGAACCACUAUUGAAGCAGCAUUACAUGGCUCCACAACAUAAAAAAAGUGAACAACGGCAGACCCAUGUGAACCGCAGUAUUAAAAAUUAUUGGCAGCUUAAUGGGUUCUGAAGCAUCGCAGAUUGUGAGGCCUAAGUACUGUGCGGUUGUUUAACACUUUAUGAUUGUUUUGGUUUUAAUAAUCUAUUUUUAUUAACUCAAAUUUCUGGUGUUGUAAAACCUUAACAAAUGUGUUAGGUGAUUUAUGUAAAUCUACAUUGAUGGGACAGGCUUGAAGGCAAUGUUGGUGUUUCUUUCUUUUUAAUAACACUAAGCUUAAAAAAAUAGAUGCUGAGCAUCACUUAAUUUUGGUUGAAUCCAUAAU